AUGAUGAAACCCCAGCAGCCCUUAGUCCAAGGCCUGUCUAGAAUCACCAGCAACCUGUACAUCAGCAGCGUCUUGGCAGCUAACAACAAGUUUUUGUUAUCCAUCAACCAUAUCACCUCAAUCAUCAACGUAUCCGUGGAGGUAGAGAACAUCUACUACGAAGAGAUCCAAUAUGUGCGUGUUCCUGUAGCUGACACACCCAGCUCCAACCUCUUCGACUACUUUGAUCCCAUUGCCGACCACAUCCACGGCGUGGCGAUGAGACACGGCCGCACACUGAUACACUGCGUCGCCGGAGUGGGCCGCUCAGCGGCCUUUUGUAUUGCCUACGUCAUGAAAUACCACUCCAUGUCACUACUGGAUGCCCACAUCUGGACCAAGUCUUGCCGACCCGCCAUCCACCUCAGAAACAGUUUCUGGGAACAACUGAUCAUCUAUGAGUACAAACUGUUUAGCCAGAACACUGUGCACAUGCUCAGCUCAUCAAUGGGUAUGAUUCAUGAUGUCUACAAGGAAGAAGCCCAUUAA